AUGCUAGCAAGUUGUGUACUGCCGCCGAUUCGGUCUUCCUCCCCUCCUCCGCCUCCUGUUGCAACAUUCUUCAGCGUGCCCCGGAGAUACGUCAAGUCGAACAUGCAAGUUGGCGAUGACAACCUGCCUUCUCCAACAGAUGACGGCAAACCUGGCCGUAGUUUGAGGAAAAGCAGUAGGAUCCAGAUACCGAGAUGUGCGCCCAACUCGAGCCCCGUCCAACACCACAAGGAGGAAGCGCAGCGGACGCCUACUUCGCCACGAGCAGCCAGGAAGAGGAAUGCAUCCCUUGGAAUUGAGGACAGUACAGAAGAAGCCGUCAAAAGUGAAAGCUCGACGGAGGUAAAAACACCGGCGAGUGCUGUGUCUGUAGGGUCUGGGGAUCUUUCACCACGUGUUUGUCUCUGUCAGCCUGAGCCGAAAAUCCCCCGUCCAAGGAAUGCGUUUAUCCUCUAUCGACAACAUCAUCAACAAGCCAUCAUCCGUCGCAACCCUGGUCUAAACAAUCCCGACAUUUCGAAGAUCAUCGGCGAGCAGUGGAAAGCAGAAGGUGACGAGCAAAAAAAAGUUUGGCAGGACCUUGCCCAGGAGGAGAAAGCUAGACAUCACGAACAGUAUCCAGACUAUCGCUAUCAACCUCGCCGAAUCAGCAAGCCCGGAUCGUCGCCUUUAAACCCAACAGGUCAGCAUACUACCGUUGAUAAGUAUCGUUGCCCAAAGUGUGGUGGUCGUAGCAUCAAAACUCCGACUAGCCCUUACGCUGUCGAGACUCCAAGCACAUCCACAUCCACAUCCACAUCCACAUCCACAUCAACGUUACCGCCUCCAGACACCGUGGAAGAACUCAAACCCGCUACGAGCUACCUGCCCACGAUGAGCAGCCUGUCGUUGGACUCGCCCGUUGUCGCUCGACGUGGACCGGGCCCAUCGAGACUCAGUAACAUCCAGGUCCCUUCUUCUCUCCGUGAGCAGGACAUGUACAGCCCUCUCACGCCAGGACAGAAAAGACGUCGAUACGACUACGGCCCGCCUCAAUCUGCUCGUAGACCCGAAGGGCCAUACUACCCACAGAGUGCAGCCCGUCGCGACUCACUGCCGCCUAUGCACGUGCGCGUGUCACCUCCUAACACUGCUGGUAUGCACCCUCCCUCGGCUCGAACUCCACGUGAGGUGCGCCUGCCUCAGCACGAGUUAGCGCGCAAAGGCUCCUCGGCUGCGGAUAUCAACAUUGUUGUACCACCGUCUCACGACCAGAGCAGGAGUGUCGAAGCCAUGGUGCUCAGCGUUCCCUACCAGGCGCGGAUCAAGUUGCUCGGCCGCAUCUGUUCUCCAUUGAAAGACCCUGGUCCAAGCAGUCCAGCUGUUCAGACGCGUGGUGCCAUCAUCGCCAUCGAGGGCGACGAUGUGAAGGCUGUCAAGGAGCUGGCAGUCUGGCUCAACGACUUCCUUGCCAAAGAUGAAGAAUACAGCGCUCGUCUCGGCAAGCCGCCUAAGAUGCCAUCAGACAGUAAGAAAGAAGCUACGUUUGAAGAUUAUCUCGACCUCAUCAAGGACUGGCACGGGAUAUCCAAGGAGAUGGUUCACUACAUCACCACACCGAUCGCGCAGUCCCAAUCGCCGUCAUGCAAGGAUUCUGAGAUGGAUACGAGCGACCGCAAAGAUUCGGCCACGCCUCCGGACUCGCCGCGCAAAUCAGCGUCUCCCAGCUUGACCACGUCGACGGUCAGGUCAUGCAGCGUAUCCAAGAAGCCGAUUGUCAUCCUCCCCACGUUCCAACUGCACGCAUCUGUGGCGUAUGCCUCCCGCAUCCCCAUCCAAGACGCGUACAGCCCGACAGAUCACUGGCAGUGGAUGGCGACGCUGUGGCGCGGGACCGUGGGCCCGGAUCUGACGCUGUACGUCAAGAGCUACGAGGCCAAGGAGGGGCCGGGCCAGAGCAAGAUGGUGGAGCUGGACGAGCAGGUUCGCUGCCUGACGGUGCUGAAGGCGCAGGGCAAGGGAUUUGCGGAUGCGAGUCUGCGCAGGGUGGGGUUCGAGGUCAGUGAGUGGGUGCGGGGGAUUGGGGCGAGGACAGAGACGUAA